GUCGACUCUGACCAUGCCUUGGUGCGCUGUCGUUUCUCCAUGAACUUUACCGGAAGGCGCACAAAGCGUCUCCCCCGAUUGGCAACGGAGAAAUUGUCCCAGCCCUCUGUCAGGCAAGCCUAUCAAGAAGCACUGCAUAGCGAACUCUCGCUGUCUUGUCCUAAUGACACUGAACUUCAGUGGAAUAGGAUCUCGGCCACUAUGCACGACGCAGGAGCAUCUGUUUGUGGCACUAUCAGUCGUCAUCGCACCAGUCACUGGAUAUCUGAGAGGUCCGUGAACCUUUUGGAAGCUAGAAGGCACCUCCCGGCUGGUUCUGAACACAAUGUGACCAGACGGGCUAUUAGGCG